GAGGGGCCGGACCUCAUCAGAGGCCCCAACUGUUUUGAUGGGGGCUCUGUUCUACCGACGUGGUUGGCCAGCACCAGCAUGCCCAAUUGGCCCAACUGAGGGCUUUGACAUCGAGACUGAGGGGUCAGGCCGAGCAGCGCCGCCCAGAGGUGAGGCCACUUGCUACUAUAUAUGUUAUCCCGACCACACGCUUAUUAUUUAGCUGAAGGACCCGAGAAGAACAUCCAUAUCUUCGACGGUCGUCCCCAACGGUCGAUCUAUCUGACCGGAAACGACGCGGGCGGCCGUGUUACAGAUACAACCGACACUAACACUCUGGGAAGCCGUUUGGCGGAGAUGCUGUUAGUUCCACUUAAUACGUCGGCUGCUGCCGUCACCCCUUGUCGACGUCGACAUGCCAAGGUGCCAGGACGGGAGCGGCCAUCCAGCUUUCGAGCUCGGUACAGCUCUAGGUAUUCAACAGUUUAAAGAUAUCAUAACUAAGCCAUGACUCUUGUCCACGAAGCUCUUUGUUGUCCAUCUUCACUUUUCUCACCCAGCACUCAGAAUUAACAAGCCUUCCAUCAACAGUCAAUAAAUACGGGACAUUGAAGGUUCCGAGGAGAGCCCAGCCAAGACUGCCACCCAAGCUGCAUCCCAAGCUGCACACCGCUCCUUUUGUUCUUCUGCGUCCAUCGCAAAGACGUUUGGGGAUCUGGCUUUUUGAUUGUACAAGAGCACGGAAGAAACGAUUAUCCGGUCGCGAACUUGACAGCACCGACGACUUCCAUUUUCUCCGGGUCCAAAUAGGGGCUCGAAGGUCCGUGCAGCAUGGAACAGAUUCGGCAACGUCGUUGAAGGGCUCAAGGGUCACCCGCAAGACCGGAUUCAAAGACAACGUGAAAACUUCCCCAGAUUUUAUGGAGCAAGGGAGACUGCAUACAACGCAUGUAGGUAGGUGUUGGCGAGCGCCUGCCGCGAGGAUCAGCCGCAAGGGGACGGCAGCCUCAUGAGGGGUUGUCAGUAACGGGGAGAGGGGAGUUGAUGGCGUGUACAACCAUCAUGUCCCACUUCCGGAAGAAACAGCGUGGGAGCUUGAGGGAGAUGUCGUUUCUGGCCUGAAAACGAUGCCUUCUUCGCAACUUGGAAGGUUGCAAUUCGUUGACAGUUCGGGCUCCCCACGGAACCACGGCGCGUGUGUGUGGACGCCCCCAUGUCGGUUCCCCUCACGCUGGCUGCAAUCCAGAGCCAAUCAAAACCUCCGAUCAACGGCCCAUUCUGGCCCUUCCCGUGACCUCGAUGACUUCCAAAGUGGUAGGUGGUCCGUGCCAUCAACACGCUAAACCCUUCCCCAUGGGUCCAGUCGCGUUGUUGGGGGUGUUGAGCUUAAGGAGAUCCCGGGGCCCCGGCCACUUUUCUCCCAAUCUGUCGCUUGCCCAAAGAGAGAGGUUUAACAGAUUGCGCCUGGGGAAAUCGUCAACUGCACCGAGCACUUUGUCAACCUGUCAAUCCUAUCCUGUCGCACCAUCUUUGUAUGCUGCGCCGAAGCAUUGGACCGCAUCUUUUUUCUGCUGUUUAUUACCCAGAUAUCCCGGGCCCUGUAGCUACCUAGGCUCUGGAUUGAUCCCAACAAAGCUCGUUGCCUUGUGGACGACUGAUUUCCCACGAAGGCCCCUGCGGCUGCGCGCAAAAGAUUUCGCUUGUUGCGCACUUCGAUCCCACAUCAAACUUUCAUCCCAAUACAUCUCGUUGCGAAUCACGAACAUACACAAAACGGAACCAUUUCUGAAGGGCUCAAGCUCCCCAAGACGCACACUCGCAGCAGACAAAAUGGCCACACACCGUCACCUGCCUCAGCGCUACAAUCAGUUCAUGAUUGAUGAUGUCCCACCGCAUAACGAACUGGUUUCCCGUCGCCGGCUAGGCCGGACAAGAUUGUCCCCAAAGGUGGCUGCGUUCACCCAUAACGACGCCAACGAUCCCCUUCUCGAUGACACGUUCGACUACGCGCAUCUGCGCGCCCCACUUCCCAAGGGGAUCGUAUCGCCAAUCUGGGGGCUCAACAAGUCAUCGCCGAGCAGCUACUUUCUCAUGCGCCGCAGUCGCGAUGGCUUUGUGUCUGCCACCGGGAUGUUCAAGGCGAGCUUCCCGUAUGCGAACCUAGAAGAGGAGGAGGCAGAGCGCAGAUACAUCAAAUCGCAGCCGACUACGAGUGCCAACGAGACUGCCGGCAAUGUGUGGAUCCCGCCCCAGCAGGCUCUUGAUCUUGCCGUUGAGUACAAGAUUCUCCCGUGGAUUCGCGCACUCCUUGAUCCGUCGGAAAUUGCCGUCAACCCGUCGUCUGAGGGGCCAAAAGCCCCGCCCGCCUUCCAUGGACUCACCCAAUAUCCUCUCCCACCCCCGACUCCCUCCCGCUUGCGUCGCAGCAGUCGCUCGGCCAGCCCGGCGAAGACGGCGCCACCCUCCACCAGGCGCCCUAUUGCGACCCCCAGGAGAAGAAGGGCUGGAUCGAAGCCCCCUGUCCCUAGUGUAGUUGAAUCCCAGCCUGCCGACUCCCAGGCAACUCUUGUGAACGGUGGUGGCGGCGAUGACGAGAUAUUCCAGACCACCAGUGUUUCUGCCCCAGUUACAACCGUGGCCAAGGUUGAGGAGGUCAAGGAGGGCGAGGUGAAGGUUGAGGCUGUCGAGCAAGACUCCGGCGCUGUCCUGAAUACGACCGAGGAGCCCAAGAUCAAGGUUCAUGUUGAUCAGGAUGUCAAGGUGGAUGCCGAUGGCGAAGAGGUCAAGCACACCAAGGUUGACGUCGAGGUUCCCAUUUUCGGUGGCAAGCUUCCCUCUUCGGAGGAGGCUGCCAAGAUGGUCGCUGAGGCCCGGGCUAUGGUGGAGGCUGCCACCAAAGCGGUUGAUAACGAGGCUGCUGUCGAGCCUACCAAGUCGAAGCGCAAGGCCGACGACAUCGCUGAGGAUGAAGAUGACCAGGACGAAGACGCUCCAGAGUCUCGUCAAGCGAAGAAGGUCAAGACCGAGGCGGAAAUUAGAAAGCAGAAGAUCCGCAGAAGGGCCUUCUUCGGUGUCACAGCCACAGUUGCCGUGGGUGCUAUUGGUGCUCUUCUUCCAAUGAUCACCCCUUAUAUUGCCAAUGCUCUAUAG